AUGGUCAAUUCACGACUGUCUCGUCUCCCGUGGUGGAUAAGCCACUGGCUGGGCUACCGUUCCGAGAAGCCAGAGCCUCUAUCAACAUGGCGGAUAGCGGCAUGGUCUAUCAUCACAUCAUUCUGUGCUCUUUCAAUACUACAAGCGAUCUUCAAUUACUCGCAUUACUUCACUUCACGCCAUGUUCCAGGCAUUGUCGCCUCAUAUGGGGCCUCAGCAGUCUUAGUAUUUGGCUCUAUUGAAAGCCCAUUGGCUCAACCACGUGCCCUAAUCUUUGGUCACUUCUUCAGCGCUUUGACUGGCUUAUGCGUUACAAAGCUCUUCAGCCUCAUGCCAGACCAAGCACGUUUCGAGAAUUUUCGCUGGCUCGCCGCCUCGCUAUCAACCGCUAUUGCAAUUGUCGUAAUGCAGCUGACUGGAACUACCCACCCACCUGCUGGAGCCACUGCUCUGCUUCCUGCUACCAAUGACGACGUCUGGAAUCUCUCCUGGUAUUUCCUGCCAGUUGUGCUACUAUCUUCUGCGAUACUAAUGGCAUGCGCUUUGCUGUUAAACAACGUAAAUCGGAGGUAUCCUGUAUUUUGGUUCACACCAUAUCCACCACCGAUACCUACUCCUGCUCCAGUGAAACAGCCUUGCAGUGACGCUUUGUCAUCGAAAGAAGAAUUACAGCAUGUAUCUGUUUGA